AUGGGUCGUAAACUACCACCACCGCCACCACCACCUGGAAUAGGCAAAAGAAAUCAACAUGAAAUUGUCAAUAAGAAAGAUGGGAUGGAAAUUAAUCAAGUAAUGAUGCAAAAUCUGUCAUCAAUGUUGAAACCUGCACCACCACCACCACCUCCUCCUCCUCCUCGAGUUUCAUCAAAAUUAGACUCGAAUUUCAAAAAACAACCUUCUCCAUUCUCAGCAUCGCUCCAAUAUGAUCAAGAAAUCAUAAAUUCAAAAAGCUCUAAUUUAAAUCAAAGUCAACUACAGAGCAAAGAAUUGGAGUCGAGAAAACGCAAAUGGAUUCAUGGCCAAAAAGUGAAGUAUAAGUCAACACUAAAGAAAUCAAAAGGAGGGAUUUCAGUGAUUCAUAAACCAGAGAUGCCACCCCAGCAUUUGCGUAAAAUCAUAAUAGAUCAUACAGAUUUGUCACUGUCAAAAGUUGCAUCGGACAAAAGAUCACAUUUGGGGUCAUUGAAGUAUUUGCCGCAUGCUUUAUUCAAAUUGUUAGAAAAUAUGCCCCAACCGUGGGAAAAUUCAAAAGAAGUAAAAGUACUAUAUCAUAUAACAGGUGCUAUUGCGUUUAUUAAUGAAAUUCCAAGAGUUAUUGAACCUGUAUUUAUUGCUCAAUGGUCUUCAUGUUGGGAUUUAAUGAGGCAUGAGAAACGAGAUAGAAAGCAUUUUAAACGAAUGAGAUUUCCACCAUUUGAUGAUGAAGAACCACCACUUGAUUGGCUAGAAAAUCUAGACGAUUUGAAAUUACCAAAUGCAAUUGUACAACAUGAGAUUCAACGUGAUAGUAUUUUGAAUGAUUGGUUUUAUGAGCAAAAACCAUUAGUAGAUGAUGAAGAAGUGAUAAAUGGAAGCUCCUAUAGAAGUUGGUCAUUAAAUUUACAAACUAUGAAUCAAUUAUACACUAUUUCUCGGCCAUUAAUGGAGGGUACAAAUGAAAAAUUUGAGGAAAAGGCGUUGUUCACGGCAAAAAGUUUAAAUUUAGCAUUACCAGGAGGCCCAAAAUUUGAAGUUUUACAUAAAGAAAGUAUUUAUAAUCCAGAAUUGGACGAUUUUACCGAAUUUAAUGCAAUUGAUCGAAUCAUAUUUAGAAAUCCAAUUCAAACAAUUCAAAAAGUCGAGUUGCCGUAUUUAUAUAAUUCUUUUGUUAAGCAAAUUUAUUUGGUGCCGUAUUUCAACGAAAUAAACAAUUCAAAGUGUAGUCUAAUUUCAAAUGAUAGCAGUUUACCGUUAUUCACUUUCAACACAAAAUUCAAUCCAAUCAUUCGAAAACGAUCUACUACACAAUAUAAUCGAAAGGUAAUAGUUCAAACUACUCCAUUUUUCAAGUAUAAAACUAUAAAUGAUCAUGGUUUACAAAAAAAUGAGUCAUUAGAGUUGGAACCGAUUAAUUCACCAGCUGCAUUGCAAUUAUUAUCAGCUCCAUUUCCUUUCAAUGUAAGAAAAGCUAAAGCAAGAAGAGCAGAAGAUGUGGCUAUAACUAAAAAAUGGUAUAAGUCACAAGCACCCAAAUCUUCAAGACAGAAGGAACGAGUUUCAUACCAAAAACUAUUAAAAAAUCAUAUUUUGAAUCAGAUUCACAAUCCAGUUGGCUCCGUAAAAUCCAGCAAUAAAAAAGUUAAACUUUUGAAGAAUUUAAAAUCAACAAAAUUUUUUCAGCAAACAACAAUUGAUUGGGUUGAAGCUGGUUUGCAAGUUUGCAAACAGGGUUUUAAUAUGCUUAACUUGUUGAUUCAUAAAAGGGGAUUAACUUACUUACAUUUGGAUUAUAAUUUCAAUUUGAAGCCAACUAAAACAUUAAGUACCAAAGAAAGAAAGAAAUCAAGAUUUGGUAAUGCAUUUCAUUUAAUUAGGGAAUUAUUAAGAGCCAUUAAAAUUAUAGUUGACUCUCAUGUACAAUAUAGAUUAGGAAAUGUUGAUGCUUUUCAAUUAUCAGACGGUCUUUAUUAUAUUUUAAAUCAUUUGGGUCAAUUAACUGGUAUCUACAGGUAUAAAUAUAAAGUUAUGCAUCAAAUAAGACAAUGUAAGGAUUUGAAACACAUUGUAUAUCAGAGAUUUAAUAAAUUGAUAGGUAAAGGACCAGGUUGUGGAUUUUGGCAGCCAGCUUGGAGAGUAUGGAUUUUUUUUUUAAGGGGUAUUAUUCCACUACUUGAAAGAUGGCUUGGUAAUUUAAUUGCAAGACAAUUUGAAGGCAGAAGACAAAAUGAUAUCGCCAAAACCAUAACUAAACAAAGAAUCGAUUCAUAUUAUGAUAUAGAAUUAAGAGCUCAAGUAAUGCAUGAUAUUCUUGAUAUGAUUCCAGAAGGUUUAAAACAAAAUAAAUCUAAAACUAUUCUUCAGCACUUGAGUGAAGCUUGGCGUUGUUGGAAAGCUAACAUACCUUGGAAAGUUCCAGGACUACCUGCACCCAUUGAGAAGAUAAUUGAACGAUACAUUAAAGCUAAAGCUGAUGGUUGGAUAUCAGUUGCACAUUAUAAUAGGGAUAGAAUUAGAAAAGGAGUUCAAGUUGAAAAGACUGUUGCAAAGAAAAAUUUAGGUAGACUUACGAGAUUAUGGAUUAAAAAUGAGCAAGAUAGACAAUUGGAUUUUAAUAAAAAUGGUCCAUUUGUUAGUCCCGAUGAGGCUAUCAAAACGUUUCAAACCAUGGUUCAUUGGUUGGAAUGUAGGAAGUUUAAUCCAAUUCCAUUCCCACCAAUAUCUUAUAAACAUGAUACGAAACUUUUAGUAUUAGCUUUGGAAAAUUUGAAAGAAAACUAUAAUGCAAAUUCAAAAUUGAACUCUGCUCAACGAGAAGAAUUGGCUUUAAUUGAACAAGCAUAUGAUAACCCUCAUGAAUGUUUAGCUAGGAUAAAGAAAUUUUUGUUAACUCAAAGAAUUUUUAAAGAGGUUGGUUUAGAAAUGAUUGAUUAUUAUAGUCAUCUUGUACCUACUUACUCAGUUGAUCCAUUAGAAAAAAUAACUGAUGCUUAUUUAGAUCAAUAUUUAUGGUAUGAAGCUGAUAAAAGAAAAUUAUUUCCAAAUUGGGUAAAACCAAGUGAUGAUGAAAUUCCUCCACUAUUAGUUUAUAAAUGGUGUCAAGGUAUCAACAAUUUACAUAAUGUUUGGCAAACUUCCAAUGGAGAAUGUAAUGCAAUGCUCGAAACUACAUUGGAUAAUUUUUCCGAGAAUAUUGAUCUCACCUUGUUAAAUCGACUCUUAAGAUUGAUUAUGGAUACAAACAUUGCAGAUUAUAUAACAUCUAAAAACAACGUCAAUCUUUCGUAUAAAGACAUGAGUUAUGUGAAUCAGUUUGGUAUAUUACGAGGACUUCAGUUUUCCUCAUUUGUUUAUCAGUUUUACGGAUUAGUUGUUGAUUUAUUGAUUUUAGGAUUGGAUCGUGCAUUUGAGCUCGCUGGUCCAGUUCAAAACCCGAAUAAUUUUCUUCAAUUUCAAGAUGUUGAAACAGAAUCGGCUUCACCAAUUAGAUUAUAUUCACGUUAUAUGAAUAAAAUUCAUAUUUUCUUUAGAUUUGAUAAUGAAGAUGCAAAUGGUUUAAUACAAGAUUAUUUAUCUGAAAAUCCUGAUCCGAAUUUUGAAAAUGUCAUAGGUUACAAUAACCGUAAGUGCUGGCCUCGAGAUUCAAGAAUGAGAUUGUAUAGGCACGAUGUCAACUUAGGUAAAGCUAUAUUUUGGGAAAUUGCAGAACGUAUACCAUCAUCUUUAACCUCAAUUCACUGGGAAGAUACUUUUGUUUCUGUUUAUUCAAGAGAUAAUCCAAAUUUGUUAUUCUCGAUGUGCGGGUUUGAGAUUAGAAUUAUGCCAAAAGUUAGAGCGAAUGAAAAUUCAUUUUCACAAGAAGGUACAUGGGAUUUAAUUGAUCAAGCAUCUAAAGAACGAACAGCAAAGGCUUAUUUACAAGUUUCUCAAGACGCUAUAUCUCAUUUCAACAAUAGAAUUCGUCAAAUUUUAAUGUCAUCGGGAUCGACCACUUUCACUAAAGUCGUAGCAAAGUGGAACACUGCUUUGAUUGCAUUGGUUACAUAUUAUAGAGAAGCUGCCAUUUCAACUCCUUCAUUAUUAACGGUAUUAGUUAAAUGUGAAACAAAAAUCCAAAACAGAGUUAAAAUGGGACUUAAUUCAAAAAUGCCUUCACGAUUUCCACCAGCUGUAUUUUAUACUCCAAAAGAGUUGGGUGGUUUGGGGAUGCUAAGUGCUUCUCAUAUUUUAAUUCCAGCUUCAGAUUUAAAAUGGUCACAACAAACUGAUACUGGUAUUACUCAUUUUAAAGCCGGGAUGACACAAUUUGAGGAAAAAAUGAUUCCUACAAUCUUUAGAUAUAUAACUUCCUGGGAAAAUGAAUUUUUAGAUUCUCAAAGAGUUUGGGCUGAAUAUGCAAUUAAACGUCAAGAAGCUUUAGAACAAAAUCGUCGGCUAACUUUUGAAGAUAUGGAAAAUAAUUGGGAUAGAGGUUUGCCACGUAUAAGUACUUUAUUUCAAAAAGAUAGACAUACACUAGCUUAUGAUAAAGGUCAUAGGGUUCGAAGAGAGUUUAAACAAUUUAGUUUAGCAAGAUUUAAUCCGUUUUGGUGGACUAGUAGUCAUUAUGAUGGUAAAUUAUGGAGUCUUAAUAAUUAUAGAACAGACGUGAUUCAAGCUUUAGGAGGAAUUGAAACUAUUUUAGAGCAUACACUUUUUAAAGGUACAGGAUUUGAUUCUUGGGAAGGUUUAUUUUGGGAAAAAGCUUCAGGUUUUGAAGAUUCAUUGAAAUUUAAAAAAUUAACGAACGCUCAAAGAUCAGGUUUAAGUCAAAUUCCAAAUCGUCGUUUCACAUUAUGGUGGUCUCCUACAAUUAAUAGAGCUAAUGUUUAUGUCGGUUUUUUAGUUCAAUUAGAUUUAACUGGUAUAUUUUUGCAUGGUAAAAUUCCAACACUAAAAAUAUCUUUGAUUCAAAUAUUCCGUGCACAUUUAUGGCAAAAGAUUCACGAAAGUAUUGUGCAAGACUUAUGUCAAGUUUUCGAUAAAGAAUUGGAAGUUUUACAAAUUGAUAAUGUUGAAAAACAAGCAAUUCACCCAAGAAAAUCUUACAAGAUGAAUUCAUCAACUGCAGAUAUUGUAUUAACUAGUACUUAUAGAUGGAAUGUUUCAAAACCUUCUAUAUUGAAUGAUCAAGAUGAUAAAAUGGAAAUUUCUUCAAACAAAUUUUGGAUAGAUGUACAAUUGCGAUAUGGUGAUUAUGAUUCACAUGAUAUUUCGAGAUAUGCAAGAUCAAAAUUCUUGGAUUACACUACUGAUGGAACAAGCUCAUAUCCUUCACCAACUGGUAUCAUCAUUGCAAUAGAUUUAGCUUACAAUAUGUAUGACGUUUAUGGAAAUUGGUUUCCAGGUUUAAAACUAUUGAUUCGAAAUGCAAUGAAAGAAAUAAUGAAAGCUAAUCCUGCACUUUAUGUAUUGAGAGAACGUAUUCGCAAGAGUUUACAAUUAUAUCAAGCUCAACCACAAGAAGCAUUAUUAAAUUCAAACAAUUAUGCUGAGUUGUUCAAUAAUGAAACUCAGUUAUUUAUAGAUGACACAAACGUUUAUAGAGUAACAGUUCAUAAAACUUUUGAAGGCAAUUUAGCGACAAAACCAAUCAAUGGUUGUAUAUUUAUGCUCAAUCCAAAAACUGGUCAAUUAUUUUUGAAAAUUAUUCACACAUCUGUUUGGGCUGGUCAAAAAAGAUUGAGUCAAUUGGCGAAGUGGAAAGCUGCAGAAGAGGUAGCGGCACUAAUCAAAUCGUUACCAAAAGAAGAACAACCAAAACAAAUAAUAGUGACUCGAAAAGGUAUGAUGGAUCCACUUGAAGUGCAUAUGCUAGACUUUCCAAAUAUUUCAAUAAGAUCUUCGGAAUUACACUUACCAUUUGCUACUGUUACAAAAAUUACAAAAUUAUCUGAUAUAAUUUUGAAAGCAAAUGAACCUCAAAUGAUUUUAUUUAAUUUUUAUGAUGAUUGGCUUAAAACUAUUUCACCUUAUACAGCAUUUUCAAGAAUUAUUUUGAUUUUGAGAUCCUUGAAUAUUAAUGAGGAAACCACUAUUCAUAUUUUGCAUCCGGAACCUGAUGUUGUUACUAAAGAGCAUCAUAUAUGGCCUUCAUUAACUGAUGAGCAAUGGAUCGAUGUCGAAGCUCAAUUACGAGAUUUAAUAUUGGAAGAUUAUUCAAGAAAAUUUAAUGUGAACAUACAAUCAUUGACUCAAUCUGAAAUUCGUGAUUUAAUUUUAGGUCAAGAUAUUCGAGUUCCUUCAGUUCAACGUCAAGAAAUCAAUCAAAUUGAUGAUGCUAAUAAACAAAUUGAACGCAAGGAAUUAACCGCUGUCAAAUCAACGACUACAAAUGUACAUGGUGAAGAAAUUACAACAAUAACUACAACAAAUUACGAACAACUGACUUUUUCUUCAAGAAAUGAAUGGAGGAAUAGAGCAAUUGCUGCUAAUAAUUUAUAUUCAAGAGCAAAAAAUAUUUUUAUUUCAUCUGAAGACUUUAUUGAAAAUGAUUCCUUUACUUAUAUUUUACCAAAGAAUAUACUACAAAAAUUUAUUCAAAUUUCCGAUCCAAGAAUUCAAGUGGGAGGUUUUAUCUAUGGUUCUUCAUCUUCAGAUCAUACAGAAGUUAAAGAAAUCAAAUGUAUAGUUCUUGUUCCACAACUUGGUAAUGUUAAUUCACUUCAAUUUCCAAAGCAAUUACCAAAAGAUCACGAGAUUUUAAAUGAUUUAGAAUUAUUAGGAUGGAUUCAUACCCAAACUCAAAAUUUUGAAUUCAUGACCUCAUAUGAUGUAACAACAGUUGGUAAAUUGUUACCCGAUUAUGAAAGUGAUUUCAUUACAAUGACAGUUGCAUAUACUCCAGGGUCUGCCACGGUUACCGCUUUUGAACUUACAAAGGAAGGGUAUAUAUGGGGUUCUCAAAAUUCAGAUAUGAUGUCGGAAUCACCUGCUGGUUUUUCUUCAUCGUAUUCAAAAAAGAGUCAAUUGAUUUUAUCUGAAAUGAUUGCUGGUACAUUUUUAGUUCCUGAAGAUGAUAUUUGGAAUUAUUUUUUUAUGGGUGCUUUAUUCAAUGCUAAUGAAUUAUAUCAUUUGAAAUUGGAUAUUCCGAGUAAAUUUUAUGACGAAAUUCAUCGUCCAAUCCAUUUUAGUACAUUUUCACAAAUUGAAUCAUUGAAUGAGGAGGAAGCUACACAACAAGAUGUUUUCAAUUAA